GUCCAUCACACUUGUACAACACAACCUUUGUUCCUCCUCAUAGCUGUUUGUCUUUUGGCCUUCCUUUGCACACCUAAAUCGUCAUUCUUUACAAAGAAAAUAAAAACAAAACCCACAGUAAAUAACAAUUAUGCAGGUCUUGAAAAGAAGCCCUUUCUUUCCUGUGUCUCUGCUGCUUGUUGUUCUUCUCUGUGAUGUCACUAAAGCAGAGAAAGGAAUACCAUUUAACUUUACAGUGCCAACAACAUAUUCUUUGCGAGUUGAAGAAACUGAAUAUGGCAAAACCAGUUUGACAAACUUUAUGAAAUAUUACGACCAUGAUGUGCAUAUGAUGUCAAUAUGGCGUUCAAAUAAAGACUAUGUGUUUGAAUUUCUUUUUGAUUUUAUUCACAAUAUCUUCGUUAAGGUGGAAAUGAUGUUAAAAACAACAAGAAGUGUGUGUGCUGUGGACUUCAAUCUGACAGCUUCUCCAAAACGGUUCGACAGUGAUUUCACAUUGAAGAACGGCAACCUAAUUGACAUAGCGUCACCAUCCGCCUCUCUUAUGAUGAAUGGUGACUAUGAUUAUACCUUCUUGGGCUCCUCGACCAUCCGGGGAAUUAACUGCAAAACCUGGUCAACUAAGAAACAGACAGACACUGAUGAAGUGGUGUUCGCUAAUGUGUCUUUUACAGACAGCACUUCAUGGCAUACAGUGAGCAAACUGCCUCAGGUGCUGGUUAGGUUAUCCCUGGAGAGUGAGACUGUCCCCAAAACAGUUAUUGACUAUUCCGAUUUCAAUUCCAUCAUUUCCAACAGGAAGGAUAAAUUUCAGCCGCCACCUGGAGUACCAUGUCAGAGAAAUGGCACAGGCAUUCCUAUACUUCCAGAUUUCUUUAAACUCAAGACUGAAUUGCUACUCAGACAGUCACACGAAACAACAUACUUUGACGAAUUGUAUGACUAUAAAACUAAGAGAGUUAAAUUUGAAUUCUACACACCAUCUGGCAAGACAAUAACUGAGGUACAGGACUUCCAUACAGGUGUUGGCUACAAAAUAGAUUCAUCUGGAGAAUGUUCCAUGCAUAUAAUGACCGAAGCGGAACCUGAUGUCCACAUCAGCACUGUUAAUGGCGUCAAGACAGUGAAGAUGGUUAAUUCACGUUACUUCUAUGUUUUUAAUUCAACAAAGUUUGUAUAUGAAGGAAAGAGAGUUGCUCGAGGAAUUAAUUGUGAUGUAUGGACGGCUACUGGUGAUGUUUCGGGCGAAAAUUCUAUAUGGAGAUAUUAUUUUGCUUCGGAAGAGACCUCAGAGGUGGGUGAAGAGAAUGCUAAAUUCUCCUGGCUCAUAAUGUAUGAGAUGAUGAUACCAGAGCAAAGUGUACACGUAGUAUACAAUGUGUACCAAUAUGUAGAAAAGGAGCCAGAUGUUUGGGAGUUCAACAUAGCCACAUGUUUCCCAGGAACUAAACAGAAGCAGAUUUUCUUUAAGGUAUCAAGCUCUCUCUCGGAUCUCAUCAGCAUUAAUCAAAAGCAAUUCAUAAAUGCUUUAAUUGUCUCCAUCCAGGGAUAUUCAGGUGUAUCAGCACUUCGGGUUUCAGAUAUUCAGUGUUAUUUGAAAAUCAAGAACACAUUGAAUUAA